AUGUCCAAGGCCGUUGUGAAAACCACCUUUGAGGCGUCUCGGACCCUCCGCCCCAUUUAUACUGGUGGCAGUACUGCGCUGGAUGCCAGUGGUCGCAUUUUGCUGUCUUGCGUCGGCGAGGAUGCUUUAGUCGUCGACUUAGAGACUGGUGAUCAGCUCGCCAGUCUGGAAGGCGAUGGAGAAAUUAUCACAAGCUUGACCCUUACGCCCUCCGCAUCGCAUGCAAUUGUUUGCUCUCGCUCUAUGUCUAUGCGGAUCUACUCCCUUUCCCCUUUCGAAGAAGGCUCGCAAUCAAUCGAAGCAAAGCUUCUCCGGACUCUCAAACCCCACCCUUCUCCGGUGGUCUCAAGUACGACCGAUCAAACUGGCACAUUGCUGGCCACUGGUGGUGCCGAUGGCUCAAUCAAGGUCUGGGAUAUUCGAGGUGGAUUCGUCACACACACCUUUCACGAUCGCGGAGUCAUCUCCGCACUUUGCUUCUUCGAGAUUUCCUCUUCUGCGGACGAGACCAAAUCCUCGAAGAAGAAGUCCAAGCGCAAGGAUGAGGAUGAGGAUGAGGAAAUGGAUGAUGCCACAGAGUCGACGGCUGGAUUCCGUUUAGCCUGCGGUAGUGACGAGGGUAAGGUCCGAAUCUUCGAUUUACACAAAAGGAAGUCGGUUGCAUUGCUCGACUCUCACGUCUCUCUGGUACGCAGCCUGUCGUACUCGCCUUCAGAGAACGCUUUGUUGUCCGCAAGCCGAGACAAGACAGUCAUCAUUUGGGAUGCCAAGACUUGGAAAACUCGCCGAAUCAUUCCCGUUCUCGAGAGUGUGGAGGCCGCUUCUUUCAUCGCAAACAGCGGUCUGUGCGUAAUUGGUGGUGAAAAUGGUAAGCUACGAGUAUGGGACUGCAAUCGUGGCAGUGAAGUCACCGAGGAACAAGAGGCUGGCGAGGAGUACGAAAGCGUCGUAUCUAUCCAGUACUUGCCUGGUUUACCUUAUGUUAUGACGGUUCAUGCGGACCAGACUAUCCGCAUGCACUCCAUUGAGUCCUUGUCAGACUAUAAGCCAGGAUCAAGUUUGGCUCCUCUGACAAUAACCCGCCGCAUUUCCGGAAAUGACGAUGAGAUCAUUGAUUUGGCCUUUGUUGGACCGGACCGAACCAUGCUCGCUUUGGCCACUAACACUGAGAGUAUCCGUGUGGUCUCUGUUGCUUCUUCCGAAGACAGGCCAUCCGUCGAGGGCGAGGAGUUCUUUGGUGCUGAUGUUGCCCAUCUCGAGGGCCAUGAAGACAUCAUCAUUGCUCUUGAUGUAGACUGGUCUGGUCACUGGCUUGCGACAGCCGCGAAGGAUAAUACUGCCCGACUUUGGCGGCUUGACCCCAAAAACUCAUCAUAUACCUGCUUUGCCAUCUUCACUGGACACGCUGAAUCUCUGGGAGCCAUUGCUUUGCCAAGAACACCACCGCAAGUUGGCAGUGGUGCUUAUAAGGAUCCGCUCAGCCACCCGCCCGCAUUCAUGAUUACUGGAUCUCAAGAUCGCACUGUGAAGCGCUGGGAUACCGGCAGACUGAGCCCGCUCAAGGAAGGGAGCGACAAGACACACUCUCCGAAGGCAGUUUUCACCAGAAAGGCCCACGAAAAGGACAUCAAUGCCUUGGACAUUGACUCAUCAUCCAAUCUGUUUGCCUCUGCCUCCCAGGACCGGACUGUGAAAAUCUGGGAUGCUGAUGAGGGUACCCCGAUUGGUGUUUUGCGUGGCCACAAGCGAGGUGUAUGGUCCGUCAGAUUCGCUCCUCGGGACACACCUAUUAUCAACUCUGAAGCCGGAACCAGCACAUCUCGAGGUCUGAUUGCCACAGCCUCGGGUGAUAGUACUGUCAAGCUCUGGUCUUUAUCCGACUAUAGCUGUCUCCUUACUUUUGAGGGCCACACUGGCAGUGUGCUGAAGACUAUUUGGCUGCCACCACCACAGAUCUCCAAGUCCAAGAAUGAUGAUGACGACGAGGAGGAAGACAGGGCUGCCAAGACCGCUAUCCAGACACGGCCUCUCAUCGCCUCAGCAGCCGCUGACGGUCUGGUCAAGAUUUGGAACCCGUACACUGGAGAACAAGAGACUGUGCUGGAUAACCACACAGACAGAGUCUGGUCACUUGCCAGCCCCACCCCGUCUGGCUCACGCUCCGACGUCAAGCCCACAUCCUCCAAACUCAAAUGCCCGUAUGCCCUCGCUUCCGGUGCCGCAGAUGCCACCGUUACCGUGUGGUCCGACACCACCUCCGCCACCUACACAGCCGCCGUGAACGCCAACUCCGAGCGCGUCGAGCAGGAUCAGCAGCUGCAGAAUUACAUUCGCGCUGGUGCCUACCGUGAAGCCAUCACCCUGGCACUUCAGUUGAACCACCCCGGUCGACUGCUCUCGCUGUUCACAACCGCCAUUAACGCCGCCGAUGACCUAAGCCUCCCCGAGGAGGAGCGCGCGCUUGCGGCAAACAGCUUGACUGGUAAUCCCUCCAUCGACGAGGUGCUCCAGUCGCUCGAUGCAGCAAAUCUGCGCACCUUGCUUCUGCGCCUUCGUGACUGGAACACCAAUGCGCGUACUUCGCGUGUUUCGCAGCGCAUUCUGUACGCCUUGUUCCGUUCCUACCCUGCUUCUACCUUCGUUGAGCUGGCGACUCAGUCUCUCCGUGGUAAGAACGGACGUGCUGCCGCCGGCUUGAAGGAUAUUCUGGCUGCGUUGGCUUCCUACACCGAGAGGCAUUACAAGCGUGUCGAGGAGCUUACUGAUGACUCUUACCUGGUCGAGUGGGUUCUGGGCGAGAUGGACGGUGGUAUUGGACUUGGCGGAUUGAAGCGUCUUGAUCUGAGCAAGGAUGAUGUCGAUAUGGAGGAGCCUGAGAAGGAUGUGAUUAUGUUGGAAGGUUAA